AACAAAAACACAACACAAAACGGUCAUCUGCGUGCUGCCGGCGCCAAGAAUUCAGCGAAAGGAACUUAAUUUUGUGAGUUUAAUUCGGUAGAAAUAGGGACAAGAAUCGUACCGGAAGUGAUGGCAGCCUUGGACACGUUCCCGGAACUUCCGCAGCCUGGAGAGAUAUCGAUCUGUGAGCGAAACGGACGCAUUUGCUCGCUACCCAUCAACGAGGUCGAUGCAUCUAGCUCUUGUAAUCAACUCUUAUCGUACCCCGAAAUCAACAUCGGACGUGAGCUGUUCCACCAUGCGGCUGUCCACCUGCGAGAGGAUCACCGAACGCUUAUGGUACCGGUCGACGAAACCUUAAUCAAACGUAUCACGCGCACCUUUUUCGAGGAGGGAGCAGUCGAAGCCUUGAAGGAAGCAGCCAACAGCGGUAGCCACCAGUACAAUCCAAUAGUGGGUUCCUUGUCGCGAUAUCUGCUGACCCUGAUCGGAGUUGGGAACCGAGUCAAAUUCUUCUUCAAGCCACAUCUGAAGGAACGUGGCGUUGACUGCGUGGGGAAGUAUACGCAAACGAAAGAUUGGGCCAAAAGUGCCAUUCGAUGUAUCCGGUGGCAUCCGAAUUGCUUUAAAGUAGCCAUUGCGGCCUCGGACGAUAGCAUUCGGGUUUACAGCGACGAACCGACCAUUGUUCCAGUGUUGAAAAGUGGUCUGCAAAAGUCGGUUACAUCGUUGGCAUGGCGACCUUAUACGGCCGGGGAAUUGGCCGUGGGGUGCCAAAAUGGCACUCUUGUGUGGAACGUCGAUCCGAACAGUUUGAUAACCAGACCGUUGUCACAGGCCGUCCAACUGAGACAUGGCAACCACUUCCCAGUGACUUCGGUGGAGUGGAGCCCUAACGGGUGUCUCUUGGCCACCGCCAGUAUCAACGACUCAAACGUUCUAAUCUGGGACGUGGAUCAAAAUAGGCAGGUACCGCUCCGUCGUGUAGGCCCACCCUGUGCCUUACUCUCGUGGUCUCCAACUGGAUCUCGACUGUGUUCCACGACGGUCUCGAAUGUUUUCCGUGUAUGGCAAACUGACAAAUGGACUCCGGACCGUUGGACGGUCAACCAUGGUACCAUCCAAUCAGUGGUUUGGUCCAAAAGCGGAUCCCAUCUCCUGUUUGUCACAACGGAGGACUGUUUCCUAUACAAUUUGGGCUUUGUUGAAGAUGAAGUGUUCACGUCUACAUUUACGCCAAAGUCGGCGCUGCCCAUUGCUGACCUAUCGAAAAUUCCCAUUGGUCAAACCGAGGUUGGAGGUCAUCCUCAAGCACUGGCUUGGUGUCCGCAGAACCAGUACCUGGCAAUCACAUUUAAAGAAACGCCAUCAAUUGCAAUUUUCAAUACGGUGGUAAAUCGUAGCCAGUUGAGCAUUACACCAUCGUGUUUCAUCACUGGCAUUGGUAUCGAAAGUGCAUCGUGUAUAAGCUUCCAGGAAAACCUCGGACGGCGAUCGAGUGACAAGAUGAAAACUGUACUGACUAUCGGCUGGUCCAGCGGCAGGAUACAAUAUUUUCCAUUUGUUUAAUGGCUUUCUUUCUGAUUAAUUUGUUCUGUCUUUUUGUUUAAUAAAUGAUUCAUAUUCCGUAUAAAA